CGCCAUGUAUAAAGUAGCAGAGCGAUCCCAGGAUUUGCAAUGUUCAAGAUCUUCGUGAUAUCGCUCAAACAGCCAUCAUGCAUCCAAUGCGACAAUUGCUUGCGUUGGCGUUGUUUGCCCGCGCCAGCUUUGCGGGUGCUUUAUUGUCACGCCAAAGCUCAAGUGAUGUCAAUGCUUGCCCGGGCUACAAUGCUGUCAAUGUUCAGACAACAGGUACUGGCUUGACAGCGGAUUUAGUACUUGCAGGUCCAGCCUGCAAUGUCUAUGGCACAGAUCUUGAAGAUCUGACAUUGACUGUUGAAUAUCAGACCGAUUCGCGGCUUCAUGUAUUAAUUCAAGAUGCGCAGUCCCAGGUCUAUCAGGUUCCUGAAUCUGUAUUCACUCGACCAGUCGCCAAUGGCGGCGAUGCUUCGAGCAGUGACCUCGUCUUCAACCACGUCGACACUCCUUUCAGCUUCUCGGUGACACGCAGAAGUACGGGCGAUGUUUUACUCGACACUGCUGCAAGUCCCUUGAUCUUUGAAAGCCAAUACGUACGAUUGAAGACGUCCUUACCUGCUAAUCCCGUGCUUUACGGUACUGGAGAGCAUACUGAUCCAUUUAUGCUCAACACAACUGAUUACACUCGAGUGAUUUGGAAUCGUGACGCCUAUGGAACGCCUUCAGGAACCAACCUAUACGGAGAUCAUCCUAUCUAUUUCGAUCAUCGUGGCUCAAGCGGUACUCACGCUGUCUUCCUUUUGAACUCGAACGGCAAGAGCAUCAAGAUCAAUGAUUCUACUCUGGAAUACGACCUGCUCGGUGGUGUCCUUGACUUAUACUUCCUUGCCGGCCCGACACCGGUUGCAGCCGCACAACAAUAUUCCGAGGUCGUCGGAAAGAGUGUCAUGAUGCCAUACUGGGGUUUGGGCUACCAUCAAUGCCGUUACGGCAUGCGCGAUGUUUACGAAGUUGCUGAAGUGGUUGCCAACUACUCGGCGGCCAACAUUCCAUUGGAAACGAUGUGGACCGACAUCGACUACAUGUAUCUCCGCCGUGUGUUCACGCUCGAUCCCGAACGCUUUCCGUUGACUUUGAUGCGAGAACUUGUUUCGACAAUCCAUUCCCGUGGUCAACACUACGUGGUCAUGGUUGAUCCGGCUGUUGCUUAUCAAGACUAUCCGGCCUUCAAUUCAGGUCGCGACCAGGACGUGUUUUACAAAAGGUCUGAUGGCUCAAUAUUUGAGGGUGUCGUCUGGCCCGGAGUGACUGCCUUCCCUGACUGGUUCCAUCCCAACACGCAAGCUUAUUGGAACAAUGAAUUCGCAUCUUUCUUCGAUCCUGAGACUGGUGUUGAUAUUGAUGCUUUGUGGAUUGACAUGAAUGAGGCUGCCAACUUCUGCAAUUGGCCAUGCACCAAUGCAACACUCCAGGCGCAGCAGAUGGGCAACCCUCCACGUCCACCAGCUGUCCGUCUUGGACCCGACAAUGCCAUCGCUGGAUUCCCGGCUAGCUUCCAGCCGCAAUGCAAAGCACAAAUCACGUUCAAUGUCAACGCUACUACACGUUAUGGCGAGAACAUCCUGGUGCUUGGCAGCGUGAGCACUCUUGGCGGCGGUGACAUUACCAACGCAGCACCGCUUGGAGCCGAUCGGUAUCCCAUCUGGGGAGCGACCGUCGAUGUUCCUGCAGAAACCACAAUCACAUAUCAGUAUGUCCGUACUGAGACUGAUGGCAGUUUUGUCUAUGAGUCCGCGAACCGGACUGUCACGUCAACCAGCUGCAAUAGCCAGCCGCAAGUUGUCAAUGAUGAUAUCACAACUUCGACGCCACCGCAGGCGAAUGUGAAGCGUGACGCUGCUUCACAAUUCAAACUCGAUCGUCCUCUAUUGCCUUCCCGUCAAUCAGCUGGCAAAAAGCUCGGACUCCCUGGCCGCAACCUCAUCAAUCCAUCAUAUCAAAUUGGAAAUGCUGCAGGUAGUCUGAGCAACAAGACAUUGGAUACCGAUCUCGUUGACUACGGCGGCACCGUUCAGUACGACACGCACAAUCUUUACGGCGCUCAAAUGUCUGAAGCAUCUCGCAUUUCCAUGCUCAAGCGAAGACCGACUCUGCGUCCAAUGAUUAUCACACGUUCCACGUUUGCCGGCUCUGGUCGACAGGUUGGACACUGGCUGGGCGACAACAUUGCUGAUUGGUCGCACUACCUUUUCUCCAUCAAACAGGUCCUUGAAUUCGCCGCACUGUACCAAGUUCCCACCGUCGGUGCCGAUGUCUGUGGAUUUGGGGGUAACACAUAUGCCAAAGAUAUCCUGUGCGCACGGUGGGCUUCGUUAGGAGCGUUCUCGCCCUUCUAUCGCAACCACGCAGAGCUGGGUGGUGUCCCACAUGAGUUCUAUCGUUCGCCGCUCGUCGCUGAGGCAGCUCGCAAUGCAAUCGCCAUCCGAUACAAGCUGCUCGACUAUUUGUAUACCGCUCUCUACCUCCAGAGCACAAUCGGAACACCCCUCGUGCAGCCCAUGUUCUUCCACUACCCCGAAGAUCCGAAUGUUAACGCCUUGGGAUACCAGUACUUCUACGGGCCCGGCGUCCUCGUCGCGCCUGUGACCGAGGAGAACAGCACCACUGCGACCUUUUAUCUACCCAAGGACACUUUCUACGACUACUACACCCACGAGCUCGUCGAGGGGACCGGUUCCACCGUGGCGCGCGAGAACGUCGGCUACACCACUAUCCCGCUCUUCUACAAAGCCGGAAACAUCAUCGUGCAACGCACCUCUUCCGCCAACACCACGAGCGAGCUCCGCAAGCAACCCUUCACCUUGAUCAUCGCCGCCGACGCACAAGGCAAAGCCGAAGGCACCCUCUACCUUGAUGAUGGCGAGAGCAUUGAGCAGCCUGCGUACAGUCUCAUCCAAUUCUCAUAUGACAAUCGUGUUCUCGUGACGAGUGGAACUUUCGGCUACGAUCCUGGCGUUGGCAUUGUGGAGAUUGUGGUGCUCGGCGAUGGUGUUGGGACGGGUGUGAAUGCAUCUGCCGAGGCUUAUGCCAGGAUGACGAAGCGUGAGAAGGCUUUUCCUUUGACCGCGGCUUGGAGUGGAGCUGUCUAAUCUUUCCUCUGACCCGUAGCGGUCGUUAUGUUGGGGAUCUCUCAAUGCACUAGCAUGGCUUACUCCGAAGGAACUAUUGAGGUGGAACUUGGUGAUGUAUUACAGCCUUUGCUUGGUCUCCAGGGAUUUGUAGCACAAAGUACGAAUAGUAAUGCAGUAGCGG